AUGGCUGCCGCUGCUGCUACCACUGAUGCCACUCUUCCCGCGAUUGGUCAACAAAUAACAAUUGAUGCGCCCAUGUAUAUUACAGAUGAGGAUUUGGCGCCACCGCCACCACCUCCCAAGAAGAAGAAGCCUACUAAAGCCGAACUUAUGGAAAGACGUAAGCAGGAAGAAAUUGAAUUUAAACAGCUGGAAAUGCGUGAAGAGCUAAAGCGUGAGCUUGCCAUGUCCAAGAAAACUGCUGAAAAGGGUCAAAAAGAAUGGGAGGAGAUGUGUAAAGAGAUUAAAAUUAAAGAAUUACGUUCAGAGUUGGAAGAAUGGGAAAUUAAGACAAGUCGAAUUUUAAAACAAAAAGACGAUAAGAUUGCUUUGCUUAUCGAUGAUAUGAUUGUCACCGAAGAGAUGCACAAGCGUAAUUAUUCUACCCAAAUGCAAGUGAUGGAAUUCUUAUCAGAUGCGAUGCGCGCUUUUCAUGAGACGGCGAAUUUGCUCUACGAAACGCAAACGUCAGAUAUGGUGCAUGAAUACUAUGAUGAAAUUAAGGAUAGAGGACAAGUUACAAAUGACAUUAAAGUCAAAUGCGAAAAUGUGAUGCAUGCAAACAAUGUGGUGGUCGAGAAUCAAAUGUUAUCCGACUAUCAAAUAUUUUUGGAUAAACGCGAUGAUCGCGUUAAUACGGAAAUUGAAAAACGUUACCGUUUACGCGACUCAAUUAUAAGUAAUAUGCGAUUUUUGCAUAAGCAAUUGACGACCUUUCUUGAAUCAUUGCGGAACGCCUCACUCGACGUACGCAAAUACGAACGCGUCAAUAUGUUAAUGGAGCGUCAGAAGAAUUUUGUCAUUGAAUCGCAAAAAUUGAAUGAUGUUGAAGCGCGCAGCUCUCGCAUAUACAUGGAUUUACAGCGUGACAUGUUACAUAUAGGCGCCGACGCGCAACGAAAAAUUAAGGAUUUGCGCCUAGAGCACGCUUACUUUGUGCAAAUGCGUAAGAAUAUUGAAACGGAAAUGAAACAGGACCGUCAAGAGACAUAUGAAAAACUUAAAAUUCUGACAUUUCAUUGCUUUGAGACAAAUAAAAAAUACAAAAAGUUGAAGAAAUACGGAGAGUUGUUGCUCUCAUUGGCUGCGAAUUGCAGGAAAUUGCAAACAGAAUCUGAAAAAGUUGUACCCUGGGGUGAUUUUGAGAAGCCAAUUGAUAUUGAAGACGACAAGAUUGAAUUUAAAUUAAAUGUUCUUGAUCUCAAGACUCAUGUCGAUCUCGACGAAGAGGAACUCGAUGCCCAAAUCGAAUUGAUGAGCACUUUUUGGCGACGCCAGGCUAUAGCUGAAGCUCAAAUCGUUUUACUAACUGAGAAGAAAAUGAAACUCGAGCAAGAGAAUCAAAAAUAUAUCAAUAAAAUUAAGCGUAUGAGCAAAGUCGACGAUGUGGCUGAACUGACUAAAACUCUGACUGUCGAUUGUGUUUUACCAGAGCGUAAAGUACCACGACCACGCUGUAAAGCAUCUAUGUUUACCCGGCCACCUUGA